AUGGGAAAGACAAAAGUACUCCCUGCAUUUUCGUUUUUAGUUCUAUAUUUUUCUUUCUACACAAUAACACCAAUUUCAUCAACCUCUCUACAAGAUGACUUCAUCAACUGUCUCCACGAAAACACAAAUGUUGAUUUUCCACUCCCCGAAACGUUCUUUGCACCUGAAAGAAACAUCUCGAGCUACAAAGAAGUCUUUGAGUCAACAGCUCAUAAUCUCCGGUACUUGACAGAGUCAAUGCCUAAACCGGGAUUCAUAUUCAAACCGGUUCACGAGUCUCACGUCCAAGCUUCCAUCAUAUGUUCCAAUCAACUUGGACUUCAUUUCCGUGUUAGAAGCGGUGGCCACGACUAUGAGGGUUUGUCUUUUGUUUCACUGAUGGAAACACCGUUUAUAUUGAUCGAUCUGUCGAAACUACGAAAGAUCAAUGUUGAUAUUGAAGAUAAUAGUGCUUGGGUUCAGACUGGUGCUACAGUUGGUGAACUCUACUACAGAAUCGCAGAGAAGAGCAAGAUCCAUGGAUUUCCUGCAGGUAUGUGCCCGUCUGUAGGCAUAGGUGGGCAUAUAACAGGCGGUGGAGACGGCACUUUGUUGAGGAAGUAUGGUCUUGCUGCAGAUAACGUUCUAGACGCAAUAAUCGUUACUGCAGAUGGUAAAUUACUUAAUAGAGCCACCAUGGGAGAUGAUUUGUUUUGGGCGAUUAGAGGAGGCGGUGGCGGAAGUUUUGGGGUAAUUGUAGCAUGGAAACUCAGGCUUGUUCCUGUUCCUGAAACCCUAACCAUGUUCACCGUUACUAAGACAUUAGAACAAGACCCAGACACCAAGAUUCUUUCUAAGUGGCAACGAAUUUCCGACAAGCUCGUUGAAGAUCUCUUCUUACGAGUGGUGUUCACAGUUUCGGGGGACAAGACACUAACAUUAGAAUACAAAGCUCAGUUUCUUGGCGAGAAAGGCACCUUGAUGAAGCUUAUGAAUAAGCAUUUUCCGGAACUAGGGCUAACUUCAGAGCACUGUAUCGAAGUGAGCUGGAUUCAAUCUGUUCUUUCCAACGCUGGAUUCCCAACAAAUUCUCCUCCUGAAGUUUUGCUUGAUCCCAAGUUGUCGCCAUCUGCAAAAUAUUACUUCAAAGGAAAGUCAGAUUUCACUACAGAACCUAUUCCGCCUUUUGCGCUGAAAGGAAUGUUCAAAAGAUUGGUCGAAGAAAACACAGCAUCUAUGUUUAUGGUUCCCUACGGUGGAAUGAUGGCGAAAAUUCCUGAAUCGGAGACCCCUUUUGUGCAUAGAAAAGCCACCAUCAAGAUUCAUUAUGCCAUGACCUCGACAACAGAGGACGGCAUUAGUUCAAUCAAACGAACAAAAUGGAUUAGAGAUUUCUACAGUUACAUGACACCGUAUGUCACAAGCAAUCCAAGACAAGUAUACGUGAAUUAUCGUGAUCUAGACUUGGGAACGAAUACGAAAGACGCAAAGUUGAACUACAUAAAGGCUCAAACAUGGGGAGCACAGUACUUCAAGAACAAUUUCAACAGACUUGUGAAAAUCAAAACGAAGGUUGACCCAUCUAACUUCUUCAGGCACGAGCAGAGUAUCCCGGUGCUACCCUUCUACAAGAAGCUAAGUUCAUGGUAA